AUGAUUAACAAUGAUCUUUAUACGACUAAUACCGCGACUCUGCUGAGGCCAACAGCAACUAUGCUGUGGCCUACAGUAACUCUGAUAUACAUACUGUCUUUAGCCUUGGCCGACCUGCUAGUCAUCUUGACCUCUGUUCCGUUUACAUCAAUAGUCUACACUCUUCCAUCCUGGCCAUGGGGCGGCGCAGUCUGCCGCCUAUCGGAGUUCGUUCGCGAUCUGUCUAUUGGCGUGUCGGUAUUCACGCUGACUGCGUUGUCCGCGGAUCGUUAUUGCGCCAUUGUCAACCCACUGCGAAACCUACAGACUCGUCCCAUGACGGUCGUAAUGGCAACUUUUAUAUGGCUGCUGGCAGUACUAUUGGCCUUGCCUGCAGCAGUUAUUUCGGACACUGUUGACAUUGUGCUAAACAACGUGACCAACCACACAAUAUGCGUCUGUUCGCCGUUUCCUCAAGGCCCUUACGAGGAGAUCUACGCAAAAUAUAAUGUGGUGACCAAAGCAAUGAUAUACUACGUGGUUCCGCUGGCGGUGAUCGCGGUUUUAUAUAUAUUAAUGGCUCGCCGACUGCAGCAGGCAGCAAGGCAGAUGCCCGGUGAGCUGGCCGGACCUCAGAGCAGGGCACAGGCCAGAGCUAGGAGGCAUGUUGCCCGUAUGGUGCUCGUGUUUGUAUUGGUUUUCAUAAUAUGCUUCUUGCCCCAUCACGUCUUCAUGUUGUGGUUCCACUUGAAUCCAAACUCAAGAGAGGAGUUCGAUUCUUGGUGGCAUGCGCUGCGCAUUGUUGGAUUUUGCCUUGGGUUUAUUAACUCUUGCGUGAACCCUGUCGCUUUGUACUGCGUUAGCGGUGUAUUCAGGCAACAUUACCAUCGGUACCUCUGUUGCGGCAAGCGCGUGAGUCCAGCUGUGGCAUUGCAUUCGUCACUCGGCGGAGGAAGCAGGAGCAGGAGCAGGAGCGCAAGUCGUUUUGGCAGAGCUAAUUCGACCGCGGUCUGCGACACCUCGUUCAUGAAUUCAACAAUGCGCAGGUGA